AGAGCGAGCAGCAGAAGAAAAAGGAGCAGUCUACUUGGGAGAGAUCAACAAUAACAGCAAGAGCGAGCAGGGUAAGAGAAGCAAAAGGAGCAGACGCAUUGCGAGAGAGAAACAAUAACAAAUAACAACUACAACAGCAAGUGUAAGAAGAAGAAGGAGCAACAGAAGCAAAGGCUUCGUUGACAUAAGAGUAAUCGCUAUCGUUAUCGGCUGAUGAUGGCCACUGGCAGCAAGGAGAUGCCAGACCAUCGAAAGCGCAACACCUUCACCAGCUAUGUGGCACCUCAGCCGGGAGAUGUGCGCGCCACAGCAUCGACAAAUGAAUGGUGUCUGCCCAGCGAUCUGCGUGAUGUGCAUCUGGCAACGCCGCGUCUAUUAAAUGGCGAACAGAUUGUCGCCUCCGCUCCCGCCUACAUGUAUACGAACAUAGCAAGCAAGCAGGCUGGCAACUCCACAAGUAACUCGAGCAAUGGCAACACGCACAGUGGCAACACUAGCAGUGACAGUUACAAGGACUCCACGUUCGGACUGCUGAGUGUGACCAACUUUAAGCUUAGCUUUGUGGCCUUACGUGCCACACUACGUGCCACAGCCGUCAGCAGUAGUGAUCUGUACCAGGAGAAUGCACAACUGGGACGCAAUGAGGUCACGCUCAAUAAUAUAGAUCAGAUUUAUACCAUUGCGGAGCAGGGAAGAGCGGCGAGUGCACUGCAGGCGGCGAGAUUGGCCAGCGGAGCGGGCGGUGGCAAGGGAAAGGGUGGCGGUGGUACGCCCAGCGGCAGGCGGAAGAAACUGGAGCCGGCCAAGCAGCAUAAUCUGAAUGGACGCAUUGUGGCACUGCAUAUUAUCUGCAAGAACUUUAGGCUCUUAAAAUUCGCCUUCCAGCAGCAGGAUUCCAAGCUGAGCGGUGCCAGUGAUUACGGUAAAUUAAUAGCCUCCGCCUUGGUAAGAUUCGCAUAUCCGAUGCGACAUGAUCUGAGCUUUGCCUAUGUCUAUAAAGAACCCUAUUACUCGGUGUAUCUGGGCGUCAUAAGCAUGUAUAACAGCAAAAAUGAUUGGGCCCGCGAGCUGAUACGUUGUGGCGCCACCGAGUGGCAGGUAGUGAGCUCCACGGCGGUACCGCAGCUGCAGAACCGUUUGCAGGCGGGCAAGUACAGUUUACCGCCGCACUUUGUCAUACCCAAGUGCUGUGAUAUCGAUAGGUUUCUGCAGUUGUCCUUGGCCUUUUGCGAUUCCCGUGCCGCCUUUUGGGUGUACAGUUACGGCCGUCAUGCGGCCUCGCUGGUACGCCUGGCGGAACUACAGCCCGCUUCCGCGCAGGAUACCAAAAUGGAGAACAUUAUGUUGGAGUUGGUGCGCAAAUGCGAUGAGCGUAAAAAGUUGAAGGUUUUGCGGCUGACGGAACAGCUGCCGUGUAAGGAGGAUGUACAGCGUGCCUAUCUCAAGUUACGGCGUCUCUGCACGCCGGAAUCGGCGGAAAAGUUUAUGCUGCAGGAUGACAAGUUUUUGGGUUUGCUGGAGAAGACCAAUUGGUUGUUGUAUGUCUCGCUCUGUCUGCGUCAUGGCAGCGAAGCCGCCGCCACAUUGCGUGCCGGAGUCACCUGUGUACUGCAGGAGUCCAACGGACGGGAUCUGUGCUGUGUGGUCAGCAGUCUGACGCAGUUGCUGCUCGAUCCGCAUUUUCGCAGUCUGGAUGGUUUUCAAUCGUUGAUACAAAAGGAAUGGAUUGCCUUGGAGCAUCCGUUUCAGCGGCGUCUGGGACAUGUGUGCGUGGCAGCGACCUCUGGCGGCGAGCGGGAGCAAUUGGAUAGCGAACAGAGUCCGGUGUUUCUGCUAUUUUUGGACUGCGUGUGGCAGCUGUUGCAACAGUUUCCGGAUGAGUUUGAGUUCUCGCAAACGUAUUUGACCACUUUGUGGGAUGCGUGCUUUAUGCCCAUCUUUGAUACCUUCCAGUUUGACAGUCAGGCGCAACGUACUGCCGCCGUCAAUGAGGGACGUCUGGUGCUGCGUCCUGUAUGGGAUUGGGGUGAACAGUUCUCGGACAAGGACAAGAUGUUCUUCAGUAAUCCUCUGUAUCAGCGACAGCGCGGAGAUUGUGGUUUACCCGGCAAUCAAAGACGCUCUCUGGCGUUGGGUGGCGGCAACAAGCUGCUAUCGGUAGCAGGAGCGAGUGUGGCAACGGGAUCCUCCCGCUAUACCAUCAAUCCGCAGCUGUUUGCCACACAAUCCAGCGUGCCACAGGAUCGCUAUCUGGAGCCAGCACAUCGCAUCCUGGAUCUCGGCGUGUGGGAGCAGUGUUACUACCGCUGGAUGCCACUGCUGGACAUACGGGGUGGAGGAGCGGCUCAGGUGGAUCUCUUUCAUCGUCUGCUCCUAAGUAACAUUGCCAAGCUGCAGCGCUGUCUGGACAUGCAGAGCUUUGAGGAGUUGCCAGAUGCCUUCUAUGAUGCACUCGGCGAACAGCGUCCCCAAAAACCGGAGCAACCGGAUCCACAACAGGAGCGGGAACCAGCUGUGGAAUAUGUGGAUGGUGUGGAGCGACGUCGCAAAUCGCUGCCGUCUGGCAACGCUGGCAACUCAACGAACAACGGUCUGCAUGCGGUGAAUAACGGUCCCUUGCAGCUAUCGACGCUCUCUUCGUUCUUUCCAUUCGGCAAUCCGAUUGCAGGCGAUGCGCCGCACGAGCUUUACGAUCUACUGAGCAGUAGCAGUGAGCUUUUGUUAGACACCUCUUCCAUUUUGGACAAGUCAUCGAUGGUGUGAUCGAUCGAUAACGAUUGUCAACACAACUCGUUACGGCACACGAAAUUCGUUGCUGUUUUUUUUAAAAAGCUGAACUUUAGAAGUAUUACAGACUUACUUUUAUAUAUAUACGAAAAAAAAAAUAUAUAUAUAUAUAUACGUA